AUGGGUCUUCUCAAUCUGGAAAAUCACAAAUUACAGAGCAGCAAAAAAAAUGCUAUUGAGUCGCUCAAAAUAUUGUAUACCGAAAAAAUACGGGAUGCAAAAAGCACGGAAGAAGUUCGAGAUAUUAAGUGUUUAUUAGAUAGCGAACAAAUGGUAGAUAAUUUUAUUAGUUGUGUUAAAAUUUAUAUUGACUUGGGUGCGGUAGAGUUGUUGGAGAACAAAAUUAAAGAUGUUAAUAAUAAUUGGGGAACUCAAACCUCCCUCAAUAAAUUUCACCAAUUACUCAAUGGAUUUCGUUACAAAAUCGGUUCUCACUCUACCAUUGGAAUGAACCGGUUUCAUUUAACUGCUCGAAAAUUAAUAGAGACUGAAUUGCGAAGAGUUAGCCAAAAAGUUCAAACCCAUACUGAAAAUGACGAAAAUCUAACUAAAAAUCCUUCCAACAAAACUGAAAUUGAAAAAGCAAUUAGCGAGUUAGAACAACAAAUUCACAAUUCUGAGAAAGGAGGGGAAGAAAAUGUCAACACCGCCGUGCUUACUGAAUUACGAGAGGAAAUUAGAACUUUGAAAGACCAGUUAAAAAUUAUUACUAAGGCUUUGGUUUCCCUCCAAGAAUAUUUUAAACAAAAUCCUUCGGCUUUGGAUGCCUUGAAACAAUAUUUCCUCAAACACAAAAUUAAAUCAAUUAGAUUAGAAGGGAAUAAAGCCCAAAAAUAUUUGAUAACUAAUAACCGAAAUGCUCUAAUGAGAGAAGAGAUAGUCAGUUCUAGUAAUAUGCCGCAAUUAGACCUUCCUAGCAACAAACUACUUUAUAUCGUAGGAGGAGGAUUACUGGCAAAAAAAAAAUUUGAAUUAUUUGGAAAAACGGCAAUGGAUGAGUUUGCUUGCGGUGGAACUGGGUUAUUGGCUAACACCGGAAUAAUUACUAAUCCCUAUAACUCUCAGCAUAUCACCGGAGGUUCUUCUUCGGGUUCGGCAGUAGCGAUAGUUAAAAAACUAGUUCCUUUUGCCCUUGGUAGCGAUACCGGCGAUUCGGUUCGCCAACCCGCCGCUUAUUGUGGGGUAAUCGGUUUUAAACCUUCCCAAGGUCUAAUUUCUCGUUUUGGUUUAAUUCCCAUGGCUUCUUCUUUGGAUACAGUGGGAAUUUUAACUGAUUCAAUAACUACGACAAAAGAGGUUUUUUUAAUUAUUUCUCAACCGGACCCCCAGGACCUUUUAACUAUCGCUUCCCAGAAAAAUAAAAUUAAAUUAGUUCCUUUCUCCUCUACCAAAAAAAUAGCCAUUUUAAAAGGAAUAGAAAAAUAUUUGUCCGCUGAAUUUGCUAAAUUAUAUCACAAAGUAAUCAACCUUUUAAAAGCAAAAAAAUAUCAAUUUGAAACUAUUCAAAUUCCUCCUGAAAUAAGCGAAAACCUUCAAUUAGCCUAUUUAAUUAUUUGUUCCAGUGAACUAGUUAGCCAUUUAAAUGCUUGCCAAGGAAUAGCUUUUGGCAAAAAGGAAGACGAUGCAGGAGACAUUAAGCAAAAAGUUCAGCAAGUUAGAAAUAAUUACUUAGGAAAAUCAGUGCAUCAACGUUUAAUGUUAGGAAGUUAUUUUCUCCAAAACAAAAAAGAUUAUGUUUAUACCCACUUCUUUCGUCAAAAAGUUCAAAAAUGGGUCGAAAAAAAUUUUUCAAAAUAUGAUUUUUUGCUUUUUCCCAGUCCGAAUAGCGAAGCACCAAAAAUCGAACAUACCAAUUUUGCCGGGAUUCCUUCUUUAAGUUUACCAAUCGGUUUUGUUAAUGAACUUCCGGUAAGUAUUAAUAUUAACGGUUCUUUUGGAAAAGAUAAAGAAGUUUUGGCAUUAGCCCAAUUACUCGAAAAAGAAAUCACUAAUUCCUAA